AUGAAAAGUUCAAGGAAAUCACCUCAAAAGAUGAAAGCCUUUAACAUACUUCAUCUUGAACAUGUGGCAAAUCGAAUUGAUCAAUUGCUCAAUCCUACUUAAAAAGAGUAAUUUACUUAGAUAAGACAAAUCUAACCAGGAAUCAAAUUUGUCAUUAACAAUAAAUUGACUGCCUAUAAGUAAAAGCAAUCAGUUUUUGAUUAAAUAUAAUCAUCUCGAUCCAGUAUAAUUCAAACUCAAGACAGAUAAAGAAGGUAGAACAACAACUCUUCAAAAAGUUCAUCAUUUUUGGAAAAAAAAAUAAAUUAAUUAAAAAAAGAACUAGGCGAUUUAUAAAAAGCCAGACUAUUAGAAAAAACUAAACCAAUGUAUUCUAUUCACAAGAUGGCCCUUCAAAACAAUCUAUAAGAAAUCCCUUAGGAAUAAAAAUUGUUGAUUAUAGACAAGAAACCAUAGUCAGCCAGAAAAAUAAUCGAUAAAUCUAUUGAAGAAUAGAAUGGUCCCUACAAGAAGAAGUCUUAAUAGCAUAUGUUUUUUUAGAACAUAGCUAUCGAAAACUCAUUGAAUAAUAUAGAUAUCAGUAUUCCUACGCCAGAAAUAAAAGCAAAAACGAGGGUAGUUCCUUCACAAUAAAGGAGUGUCAGCCAAGGAUUAAUAACAAAAUAAAAGAGGCCAAUAAAGAUGUGUAACAAUGAUCUUAUUGAAUUCAAAGGUUGGGAUGUCGAAGAAGAAGAUGAUUACUUAAGAUUAGGAUGA